AUGGGGAUGUCGGGUGGCCACGACAGGAGAGAUGGGAGCAAGAAGGGACAUCGCAUGGACUUCCCUGCGGUGCUGGUGGCCAAGCGGGGACGAGGGCUCCCCCGGGCUCUGCUGCGAGAUCCCGCCGGGGCUGCAGGCACCGCUGACGCGGCCCCAUCGCUGCGCAGGAGCCUGCAGGACGGCCCCGCCCCCGGCGCGCCCGCCAUCAACAUCCUCUCGCUGCCCGAGCGGGCGCAGGAGCAUCUGCUCCGCUCCUACUUCUCCGAGGAAGGGCUGGAGUACAACCUCAUCCGCGUCCCCAUGGCCAGCUGCGACUUCUCCCUGCACGCCUACACCUACGACGACGUGCCCUUCGACUACGAGCUGGCCCACUUCAGCCUGCGGGACGAGGACACGAAGCUCAAGAUCCCCAUCCUGCGCCGAGCCAUGGCCAUGGCCAAGCGGCCUCUGUCGCUCUACGCCAGCCCCUGGAGCUCCCCGACUUGGAUGAAGACCAGUGAGUCCUUCGUGGGCAAGGGCACGCUCAAGGGGCAGGCGGGGGACAAGUACCACAAGACCUGGGCCAACUACUUUGUUCGGUUUCUGGAUGAAUACGCCAAGCACAACGUGACCUUCUGGGCCGUGACAGCGGAGAACGAGCCCUCGGCCGGGCUCAUCAACAACUACCCCUUCCAGUGCCUGGGCUUCACGGCCGAGCAGCAGCGGGACUUCAUCGCCCGCGACCUGGGCCCCGCGUUGGCCAACAGCUCCCACCGCGACAUCCGCCUCAUCAUCCUGGACGACAACCGGCUGCAUCUGCCGCACUGGGCCAAAGUGGUGCUGGAGGACGAGCAGGCGGCUCGCUACGUGCACGGCAUCGGCAUCCACUGGUACCUGGACUUCAUCGGGCCCAUCCAGGACACGGUGGUGCCCACGCACGAGCUCUUCCCCGACUACUUCAUCCUGGCCACGGAGGCGUGCAUCGGCUCCCACUUCUGGGAGCCCGAUGUGGUGCUGGGCUCCUGGGAGCGGGGCAAUCAGUACAGCCACAGCAUCCUCACGAACCUGAACCACUUUGUGGCCGGCUGGACCGACUGGAACCUGGCGCUGGACCUGGAGGGCGGCCCCAACUGGGUCAAGAACUACGUGGACAGCCCCGUCAUCGUGGACCGUGACAAGGACGUCUUCUACAAGCAGCCCAUGUUCUACCAUACCUCACCCCAUCCAUCCAACCCAGCCAAUCCCAUCCUAUCCCACCCCCUCCAUCACAUCCUUCCCACCCCAUUCAUUUAG